AUGAGCACGAAGAGGCUUUUUAAUAUAUUACAAGCAGAGGAAGAUGAUGAGAAAAAAAAAAAAAAAAAGGUUAACACGACAAGGGGGGCAGAAGUAUAUGGAUUGAAAAAGAACGAAGAAGCCGCACAAGUGACCAGCCAAGGGGAGGCAGAGUCACUGGGGGAUGAUGGGAAGGAGACAGACGAAGGACGCGACACACGUAGCGUCAAGACCAACCAGAACGACAUAAGCGAGAAAUGUGGUGAUGGGUUGGAAGUGCAAGAUAAAAAUAUCCCCGACAAAGGGAGACAAAAUGAGAGCGUGUGCAAGGAGAAGGAAAAGAACACCACUGAACCUCCCCCUGUUCACUUAAGCAAUACAUUAAAUGAGCAUAGAAGUAUCGGGGAGGAAGCCAGUGGUGAUGAGAAGGGCAUGGAAUUAGCGGAAAAAAAUUCACAUGAGGCUGAGGCCCCGUUUGAGCCUCUGCAGGAAGAGGAAAAGGAUAGCGGAGAAGUGAGCAAAGAAGUAAGCCGCGUGGAAGGACGAGAUCGCUGUAACCGAGAGGACAACUCCAGAGCGACCCCAGGGGACGUCUUGCAAAAUGGAAGUAGCAAUCCUAACAGGAAUGCUAAUAGACGCACCGUGGAAAGGGAUGCACCGAAUGAAGCACCACAAGUAGGAGAAGCAAACAAGGGGAGAGAACAACAUAGGGGAAGUAACUCAGGAGAGACCACGAACAAAACAGAGGAGAAGAGUGACACCGGACUGAGUGGAGGCGACGGUCAGCAGAAGCACGAUAUGGAAUCGCACGAUUGUGUUAACGGGGCGUAUAACAGUGUGAAUAGUGGUGGGGUUUUUCCGCGUAGCUGGAUUAACUUCAAUGGUUACUACGACAUGUACGGUUGUGGCUACGCCGGUGGGCCGGGCAUGCCCCCCGUGGGAAGCGUCCCCCCCGCCGCGACAAUCCCACCGAUGACGCCCCCAGGAAUGCUUAACAUGGUAAACGCGACGUAUGAGACGUACGCAACCUGCACAACCUACGCGAACCAUGCAAACUACAACCGCAGCUACCACUCCAAUUACUAUUACAUGUGCGAUGAAUACGGGCGUGGGAUGGAAACGGAUGUGGGGGUGAAGCAGCCCCAUGGGUUCUGCUCGCUACUGGAAAAAAGCAUCCAGCUAAUGAAGAAAAACGACCAGGUAAAAGAAAUCCUGAAGCGCCCAGCCAAAUUGCAAGUGACCCAAGAGGAGCUCAACAAAGUGGAAUACUCACAUGGAAAUGACGAAUACAAUAUCUGGUUCGGAAGGUACGUGCCGGACAAAUUCGACAAAGGCAGAACUGCUAGCGGUGCACAACGCUUUGUAGCAAGGUUCAAAUGCAAACCCUCCACCGACUCAGGAUACACAAAGGCAGAUAAAAAUUUCACAAGCAAACAAUUUUUUUGCAUCUACUUUGCACGCGGAUGUUGUGCGUAUGGACACAACUGCCUCUACAGACAUCGCAUUCCAAACGAAAAUGAUGAGUUGCAGUUUGAACAAACCGUUGACAUAUUUGGACGCGAAAAGUUCAGUACCUUCAAAGAAGACAUGAGUGGGGUGGGUAAUUUUAACAGUGAGUGUAGAACACUCUUCAUUGGAAGCAUUCAUAUUGAUAAUGUCGAGCAAGUUCACCUAAUAGAACAGAUCUUAUACGAGGAGUUCAGCAACUUUGGACAUGUCGAUUAUGUAAGAUUUGUGCCUUUUAAAAAUAUUGCCUUCGUUCAAUAUUCUUAUAGAGUCAAUGCGGAGUUUGCCAAGGUGGCCAUGUCGGAUCAGCCCAUUGAGAAUCACUCCACGGCGCUCACCAUCAAAUGGGCUUUCGAGUUGAAGAACACUCCGCAUCAUUCCUGUCAACAUUACGCCAACCCCUAUGUGUAUAACAAUAGCCCCUUUAUGUCGUCCACGUGGAAACAGCACGUUUCGAGGGGGAGGCAGCGGGGUCGCAAGCAGUUAAGCUGCCCGCCCCAAUAUGGUCUUCCUCCCCAAUUUGGUUCGCCUCCAUAG